UUGAUUGGUCGGGCUGACAGUUCCGCCGUACGCUGCACCGUGUCCUGGUUGGGGAGGGAGAAGAGUGUAAUGUUGGCAACCGGAGGCAGAGAGCGCCGUGUGCGGGAGCAGAGAGGCGGGGAAGGGACGGCGGCUGCGGAGUAGUGUGGACAGGUUCCCGGAGGAUCCCGCUCAGUGAUGUCUUUUAUGUGUACUAUCGGCCUCGCUCUCUGUUAGCCCACACCUCCGGGUCAUCAUGAAGCUGAAGCAGCGAGUUGUGGUCCUGGCUUUGCUGCUGGUCAUUUUAGUCCUUACUAAACUUCUCCUGCUGGACAGAUUGGAGACCUCUGCUGCACAAAGACAAGAUCAGCUGUCCUUCCAGCGUAUGAUGUCCGGCCUGCGGCUUACCAUGGACUCGCGGCUGGAGCACACGUUACAGUCUCCCUGGGAAAUUGCAUCUCAGUGGGUUGUCCCAAGAGAGGUGUAUCCUGAAGAUACUCCAGAAAUGGGAGCUGUCCUUCAUGCCAUGGCUACGAAGAAGAUCAUAAGGGCCGAUGUGGGCUACAAGGGAACACAACUUAAAGCCUUGCUAGUCCUGGAUGGUGGACAAAAGGUGGUCUUCAAGCCAAAAAGAUACAGCAGAGACUAUGUGGUGGAGGGAGAACCCUAUGCUGGAUAUGAUCGGCAUAACGCUGAGGUGGCUGCAUUUCACCUGGAUAGGAUUCUUGGCUUUAGACGAGCCCCAUUGGUCGUCGGCCGAUAUGUGAAUCUUAUCACGGAGAUUAAACCCGUUGCUACUGAGCAGCUGCUUAGCACCUUUCUAAAGCAGGGGAAUAACACCUGCUUCUAUGGAAAGUGUUACUACUGCCGAGAAACGGAGCCCGCCUGCGCUGAGAGGGAAGUGAUGGAGGGCUCAGUCACUCUCUGGCUUCCUGAUGUUUGGCCUCUUCAGAAGCACAGACAUCCCUGGGGGAGAACUUACAGAGAGGGGAAGCUGGCAAGGUGGGAAUAUGAUGAAAGUUACUGUGAUGCUGUGAAGAAGACCCCUCCUUAUGACGCUGGGCCCCGACUCCUUGAUAUUAUUGAUACCGCCAUCUUUGACUACCUGAUUGGAAAUGCAGAUCGCCAUCACUAUGAAAGUUUCCAGGAUGAUGAAGGAGCCAGUAUGCUGAUAUUGCUGGAUAAUGCCAAGAGUUUUGGGAAUCCAUCAAUGGAUGAGCGCAGCAUCCUGGCUCCCCUGUACCAGUGCUGCAUCAUUCGCGUUUCGACUUGGAACCGUCUCUCUCACCUGAAGCAUGGCACCCUGCGCUCUACUCUGGUUUCUGCCACAAGUCAUGACCCGAUCCACCCAGUCCUAUCUGAAGCUCAUCUAGAAGCCUUGGAACGCCGGCUCCAGGGCAUAAUAGGAACCGUCCAACAGUGUAUAGAUCAGUUUGGUACAGACAUAGUCAUGGUGGAGGACCGGAUGACUCUAUCUCAUGUGUAGCGGUAGCAUUUUCUAGAAAAGACAGUGUACUACAAAAGAGUCCAGAUGGUAUUAAUAUUUUACCGUACACCUACAAAACUGGUAUGAAACAGCACAGUGCCCCCACAGACUGCAACUAGUAUCAGUGGAGGGAUGUCCAGCAGGCAAGGGGCUCCUACCUUCCUUGCCAUGACUGACUGAUGUAGGCAUCUACAGAUAAUGACGUUUACUAGUCAAUAGACGUCACAAGCUCUUUAAGCUUUUAUGGUGCGAAAUGUACAGAGGAGGAAAAUGUUUUUCAGAAUCUAAUUUAUUUUAUUGCAAAUUUUGUCUUUCUUCCCUUGACAGGUAUUUGAUUAUUUUUUUUUUUUUAAAUCUUUUUGGGGUUGGUUUACAGCCAGACAAUUUGCACAGUGUCCACAUGGUGGCGCUGCUACGUUUUACAGGAACCAUGUGGUGCAAGGUCUAUAUAGCAGGUAUUCAUUGUACCGCUGGGCGUCUGGUGUGUCCAUACAGUGAUUGGGCUUUCGAAUUAUGGAACUGGCAUUAAAAACCCAAUGGGACGUUGUUUUACAGCCAGUCUUGUUUUUAAAUGGCAGCUGCGGACAAGAACCAAUAACCCUCUCCUUACCUGGGAGUCUUGGAACAUAUUGAUUUACUGUAGUCCAUUAACCUAUUCCAUUUUAAUCUGGAUAAUUGACAGCUAUUGCACAGAUCCUUCUAAAUUCAUACAUAUAUUUCUGUACGUGGUCCAGAUUGUUCUUCCCUUAAGAUGAGACAGACACAGAGCAAUAUUAUUUGGGCAGACUUUAACAUCCCCCCCCCCCCCUUUCCCAAGUUCUCUGCCAGUAGUAGAUAGAAGAUAAAGAUGUGUUAUCCCCAAGUGCUAGGUGCAUUGUCUUUACCCUUAUUUCUUGGCUUACAUAAGGAAUCUUUACUCUUCAGGGCAUGGAUUAGAUACAACCUAACUAUGCUUUCAUUUUCUGGUUCUACAGAUCAUCCAUCAAAUUGAUAACGGUUAUUUUAGGGGGAAGAAAGUGUUAAAUGUAUGUAUUUGGAAAUAUGACAAGAUAGAUUUUGAGUUGAAUAUUUUAUUCUUAGUUUUAUUUUAUUUAGAUUAACACAAUUGUUACAAUAUUAGGUCUACAUACCUAGAAUUGGCAUUGCUACAAAGACCCUUGGGUGCAGCGAUCUCUGGUCUCCAUUGUGUCUUACUCCAUAAAAGAGAUCCCUUAGACUACACAGUAUAAGGGUAGGGUCACACACACAUUCCUCCAUGGCUGUGACUUCUGGAAGCGCAUCCGCAGCAUCAAAUACACUGCAGAUGCGCUGUGUGUGACCAUACCCUUAUGCCGAUUUUAGGUGAACAUAAUAUGGCUAUAAAUCCUGCCUGAAUGUGGUGUAAAAACCCCAAACUGAUCCCUACGUAGGGGUCGAUGAUUUUUUUUCUGGUUAUUAGACCUUAUGGUAAAUGUAAAGUUGAAGAUCCUCGUGCUAUGCGGGGGAUUAGUGAUGCUACCACUCCCAGCAUGACCUGUAUAUUCUCCAAACAUAUUGCAGAACAGUCAGGGGUCAGGAAUCCACAUUGCAUGCCACAUUUAGAUGUAAAAGCUUUAUAUUUGUAUAUAAGGUAUCGAUGCUUUAACAUCGUAACAUUGCAUUUAAGGUGGAUUGUAAUAUAAACAAUGUACAUUUUCUGGGCCCCUGACUUUGCUGUGAUUCAUUUUGAGAAUAUACAGGUUAUUAGAUCCACGGUUGUGCUGGGACUUGUGGCCAUAAGUUAAUCUAAAGCCGGCCUGAAUGUGUUUAUUAGAGAUGAGCGAACUUACAGUAAAUUCGAUUCGUCACAAACUUCUCGGCUCGGCAG